AAGUCCGUUCUCACACUAUACGCCCACAAGGAAGCAUUUCUCUCUCUUCUCUCUCUUCUCUCUCUCAUCUCUCUCUGGCUUUUCUCUUCGAUUAACGCUGGAAAGCUGAGAAGAGAGGUGAAAAGGCUCAAGAGCCUUACAACUGCAGCUCUCUUCAUUUUCACUUUGAUUCACUUCCUUCAUUCUACACAGAAUGUCCAAAUCUCUGUGCAAAAGGAGGGAGAUCUAAUGACUCAAAAACCAGUAACUUCAGGUGGUUAGCUGGUCUUUGCUUAUAAAUGGGGGGUUGCUGCUGUUGUGCUUCCAGAGGAGUUGAACUUAACCAUACACCAUCAUUUUAUCAUUAUCAAUUAUCAUCAGAGGAACAUGAACCCUUGUCAGCAAACCUCGGUCCCGCCUCUUCAUUCUCCACAGGGGUUUUGGUUGACACAAACUUGGACAUGUCAAGUCCCGAUACUUAUAGACCUCCUCCAGCGCCUCUUCCUUAUGAAGCAAACAUAAUGCAUAAUAGCCGAAGUCCACCAAACAACCAGGACCGCGGUGGAAAUAAAGAUGAUGCAGCUACAGAGACAACUGAUGGUGGAAAUUCUGUAGAUGCGUCCGGGAAGGACCUAAAGAACACCGAACACCAAGAGAAAAGUGAUCCCGGACUGAUAUCAGAAGAGAAGGAAGUCCAACUUGAGAAAUCCGGUGACCUUAAGAAGUCAGUUGAUCCUCUUUUUGAGAAACUGGAAGAGGAAGAUUGUUGCCCUACAUGUCUUGAAGAGUACGAUGCUGAAAAUCCCAAAAUUAUCACAAAAUGCGAGCAUCAUUUUCACCUGGCUUGCAUACUUGAAUGGAUGGAAAGAAGCGAUACCUGCCCUGUUUGUGACCAGGAAAUGGUAUUCAGCCCUAAUAUCAACGGUUAGGCAUCUGGUACACUUCAUUGUUGAAUCAUACAUGAAAAAAGGUAAAGAAAAGUUGUGGGUGCAGGAAUUUUUGAAGGCUAUAUCAUGAGCAUUUGUAAUAAAAAAAAUUAAAAAAAUUAAAAGAAAACAGAGUCCUAGGUCUUAUUUCUUUUCUGUGUAUAUCAUCAUCCCUUCAUCCUUUUUGGAGUCUCAAUGGUUUAUGGUCAAAUUGAUGGAAAGAGUUUGAGGUUAUUUUGCUUGUCAAAUUUAAGGGCGGUAUGUUUCUUCCA